CUCUCUCUCCUCCAGAGACGAAGAAAUCCAUAGAGAGAGAAAGCUCUCUCAGCGUGUGUAUAUAUACAGAGAGAGAGAGAGAGAGAGAGAGCAGUCAUGGUGCUGUUGGUGAUCUUUAAACCCUAGCACGAACAAAUCGUACAUUCUCUUCAAGAACCGUUUCUGUUGCUUCAAGAACUUUUUAGCUUUCAUUCGAUCCAUCUUUUGGUAUGCAUUUGGUUUGGAGAAGCAUAAGAGAUUAAGAAUUUCCCGUUCUUCCAAGUCAGAGUAAUUGAAUAUUUGGUACUCUGGAUCAGUUUCGUCCUCGUCCGUGGUUGAGUCUGCGCUACAUUUUCUGUUGAGAGCUGUUCCGUGGCGGUUUCUGAUUUCUCCGUGUUGCCGCGUGAGUUAUUUUGAGGACUGUUUAGUUUGGAAGAUAAUGGAUGAUUGAUCUUGUUCGUUAAUGGCGGUUUAGAUGGUUUCGGUGACGGAGAUGGAUGAUCGAGGAGGUGGAUCGUUUGUAGCGGUUCGGAGGAUUUCGCAAGGCCUUGACCGGGGCGGCACCACCUGCCAUACGACUUCUUCUGGAAUGAUUUUUGGAAGUUUGGAUCUGUCGACUGAAGUUAGGUCAUUUAAGAUUUAUUGAUGGCUACUUGCAUUGAAAUUUGUGCUGAGGUUGUGGCAGGAUCAGCGGCAUGGCUUGGCAGAGGUCUUUCUUGUGUUUGUGCCCAAAGGAGAGAUAGUGAUGCUCGUCCGUCAUUUGAUUUGACCCCGGCACAGGAGGAAUGUUUACAGAGGCUGCAGAACCGCAUAGAUGUUGCCUAUGACAGUUCAAUCCCAGAACACCAGGAAUCCUUGAGGGCACUGUGGAAUGUUGCCUUCCCAGAAGAAGAACUUCAUGGUUUAGUAUCUGAACAAUGGAAGGAAAUGGGUUGGCAAGGAAAAGAUCCCUCCACAGACUUUAGGGGUGGUGGUUUCAUAUCACUGGAGAACUUGUUAUACUUUGCUAGGAACUUCCCGAAAUCCUUCCAGGAUCUUCUUCGAAAACAGGAAGGUAAUCGAGCCAUGUGGGAAUAUCCAUUUGCUGUUGCUGGUGUGAACAUCACAUUCAUGCUUAUCCAGAUGCUUGAUCUUGAAGCAGUAAAGCCACGGACAUUAGUGGGAGCGACUUUCUUGAAAUUUCUUGCAGAAAAUGAAUCAGCAUUUGACCUUCUCUACUGCAUCACAUUCAAGCUGAUGGACCAUCAAUGGCUUGCGAUGCAUGCAUCUUACAUGGACUUCAAUACGGUGAUGAAAGCUACUAGGCGUCAGCUGGAAAGUGAGCUUCUGCAAGAAGACAUAACACGGCUCGAAGACUUGCCCUCAUACAGCCUUCUUACACGAUAGCAUUUGGUUUGUGAGAUAGAGAAAAUGCGUCUUGUAAGGAAGUUCUCGAUCAUCAUGUUUCCGCAUCCUCAUCUUCCUUCGAUAGUUUUCUCCCAAAGGUUGUGGUAUCCUUCAAACCUAUCUUUGUGGUAUCCUUCAAACCUACCUUGUAUUGUCUCCUGAAUCAAUUUCUCAGUAGGAAGGGAGAGUUGGGGGGAAGGGUGGGGGUGCAUUAAGUUUGUGUGACAAAAGAUUUCCUCUCAUUUGACUAGGCGGCCCCUAAAAACUGUAGUUCGGUAAAAAUAUGGGUUUGGUAGUAGUGAUGAUAGUAGUUGUCUUGCGGUUUGUGAUGUGUUUUUUCUCUGAGCCUCUAUUGGCAACUGUAAUAAGUUCUUAUUGGGAAUUUCUAUAGGUGGAGCGAUCAAUAUAUGUUUACCCGGUGAUUGAUGAUAGCGAUGAUGAAUGAAUAGAGUCGACCAACCUUCUCUU